AUGACUGCAAUAACCGGCAUGAGACUGAGCGUCUCCAUAUUGAGCCUUAUCGGGAGUUCGCUGUCUGCGCUUGGUACUGGUUUCAUAUGUCUUUGCUACCUGUUCCUUCCACUAAAGCGGCAUUUCAGGCAUAGGCUGAUCCAGAGUUUGGCUCUCGCUGGUAUGUCUAAUACUUCUUGUUCCCACGAAUCUGCACUAGUGAUGCAUAUAUACUGAUAUAUAGAAUACUUCUAGACUUCCUCAAUGCUACAUCCAAUUCGGCAUCGGGCUUCUACAUCUUGGUCCGGAAUCGUGAACUGCCGGAAGGCAUUGGAUGUAGGAUGAAUGGGCUGGUAACCCAAAUCACUGUGCAGGUUAGUGAUUGCAUGGAUGGUCUGAGUGAUGAAUCGUCGCUGACGACCGCAUCACCACCCUCUCCAGGCAACAGAUCUUUCCAUCCUAGCGAUUGCGAUCGCAACAGUCUGGGCCAUUACAGAUCCCAUAACAUUCCGCAUGUGGAACACGCGGAAGGCAAUCCUCGCAGUCUGCUCUAUCUGGGUUAUCCCCUUCAUCACGGGUAAUAACCCUCUUCCUGCACCCCCUCCCCCUCGCCCUCCACUGAACGACCAAUUAACAAACCCUACAGGCUUCACGGCCCUCGGGAAAGACUGGUACCACCCGGUCAGCGGAAACUGGUGCUGGAUCCAAAAAAAACCGGCACACCUGCGCUACGUCCUAACCCACGCCUGGCGUUUCUUUGUGAUCAUCUCAGUGAUCAUUCUAUACACCCACUUGCACCUCUUCCUACGCAAGCACUUCAAGGAGGUCCGCGAUGCACGUGGAGGCUCACUUACGGACUCCACGGGCUUGCAAUCGCAGAGCACGUCGCCGGAGAGCUUCACUGCUCACUCCCGCAAAUCCCACAACGUGGGCGAUGACGACGACGAGGCAUCGCUAGGGGAUAUGCCUGCGAAACUUCAUGACAGCAACGGCAGCCGGUCCGCCCCCAGCCACAAUUUAGCCGAGGAGGUGAACACACAUGUUGAGACGACGAUGGAAGUUACGGAGGACCAACUACGCCGCCAGGAUCAGCAGGGACAGAGCAGUCCCUACCCCCAGUCCGCAGCGGGGGUAUCCGCAGCCAGAGGCGCGUACCAUAAGAUGGACACCCGAAAACCACCAAGCCAGGACUCGGAAUUCAAGAAGGUUAAAAAGAUCCUGCUUAUGAGGGCCUACCCCACAUUCUACGUCAUUCUCGUGAUCCCCGGAAUCGUGAAUAGGUUGGUGGAGGCUGCGGGCGGUAGCUCGAGGCCUCUGCAGCUUUUGCAGGCUAGUACCCAAUUCGUUGGAUUAGCGAAUGCCAUCACCUAUGGGUUGAAUGAGAAGAUCCUGGCGCAGCUGAAGAGGAAGUUUGGUCGGGCACCGAAGCCUUCGCCUGGACCCCAUAUGGUGUAG